GGCUCGUAGCGUGAAGCAGCAUUGGAGUCACGACACACUUUGCGCUUCAGAGAUUACUUAGCUACGCCAAGAGAUGACGUCGAAUUUAUUGUUUGCCGCGAUGAGCCACAAGUAGAACUUCUGUGCAAGAACUACUUCCAAGACUACAACCUCCUCCUGUUCUUUAAGCUUCUGAGGAACCAACAACAACCACAUCACGCAACAACAAGAUGAGCAACGUCGGAGGUGGAGGUUCGUACGCCGUCUUAAAGCGGCGCCUGGCCGAGCUCCACUACACCGAGAGCUUUCCUCAGGCCGCGGCGCCCAUUGUGGAUCAUCUGCUACAGGACUUGCUGAAAAGCGUAGAGAGCUUUCAUUUGCUCAAGCAGCGGUAUGAGGAAACCGACGAAACCGUACGAGCGGUUGAGAGCCGCCUACGAGAGGCCGAGGACGCACGCGCCGAUGCCGAGCGGCAGGCGCGUGAGCAAGUGCGAACGCUGACUCAGCGAUACACUGACAGCGAAACAGACCUGCAACGGAAAUUAAGGCUCACGAUAAUUCAUCCUAACAGAGCGUCUCUCUUUGUUUCCUCCUUAGGAAGAAGUGAAGAGCAGUAUGUAUGCUUUGAUGUAUCUAUAGUAGUUAAGUAGCUCAAAUAAGUAUGAAUCUGGACGAUGAUGAUGAUGAUGAUGAUCGCGAGUUCUAAGAAAAAUGGUAGCGCUUGAAACGGAGCUGCGACAUGAGCGAACAUUGAAUUCACCAUCGAAAAGGAGGAAUGCUGAUGAUGCAUCUACUACAACACAUCUGACACGGCGAAUUGCAGAACUAGAGGCAGAAAACCAGAAAUUACAGGACAAUCUGUUAUGUCACGUUGUCGAUCUCAUUUUUCUCAUUCGCACUGAAAGUACUUAUACAGUAUUCCUAUUCGUAUUCAUUGAUUAUAUAAUAAAGACGAAGUGGAAUUGUCGGGUCUAGUUCCAACAUUUUCUUUGAUUAUUUAAAGAGGAAGUGGAAUUAUCGGGUCUAGUUCCAACAUUUUCAUUUUUUCAUUCUCUCCUUCCGCUUCCCGACACUGACGCUUAUCUAUUUUCCACUUUCAUAGCCCGAGACAGCGGGAGGCUCGUCAGCGUCGAAUAACGGUCAAUAUGUGGAGAACCUAAAGCGCGCACACAACAACCUGAAGCACGAUCUCGCAGCAAUGCAAACUCGCUACCAAAUGGCUAUUGAAAAAGAGGAGAAGUUGCAAGUUAUGACAUCAUGGAGGAGGUGUAGGUGGACUUGUCACUGAGUGGCAGUCACUUUUGUCUACGUAAGAAUUUAGGACAGUACCUGGCACAAGUUAGUUGCACCGUCGUCGUUUAACGAAGCUACUCUACACAGUAUAAAUCUACUUCACUGCGUGCUCGUUUCUGUAUCCAUUCGCGAUUGUUGAUGUAGUCCUCUCCGUUACCCUAUUAUUUUUUGGCAUCAUGUUCAUUCAUCCAAUGCCAAGGCGAGAAGCUCCUUCCCUUCUGCUUCUUUCAUCCCCUGCCAAGUCGACAAACUAACCGACCUAACCAAGGAACAUAGCGCAGUCGAAAAAGCAGUACUCGAGAAACACGCUGCACAUAAGCAGGCAGAAGUGGAAGCCUCACAGUUACGAUGAUGAAAGGGAAAAACAUAAAACAGUUCUAGUUGUAACAAGAAGUUGAUUGUUGUAACAAGUAGAUUGUGCCCUAUAAUUUCUAAUACAAGCCAAGGAAGCGCUGCGGCACGAACAGCUGGCGCAGGAGAAGACGAAGAUGGAGUUGUCGGAAGCACGUGAGCAGCUUGUUACCGUGAAAAAUCAAAGCAAGAUCUUGGAGUUGCGACUGGAAGCGGCCAUGAAGGUAUGAGACCUAGCAGAUGUUACUUAGAUAUUAGGUCAUGAGACGGUCAUGUUACUUAGAUACAGAAUAAAAUUUGGAAGAUAUUGAUUUUUACUAUCUCGGGUAAGGGAUCAGGUUAUUAUAAAUAACAUUUGAUUACUAGGUUAUUAGAAAUAUUAUAAUUUUUUAUAUCUACUCUCCUAGUUAGGACGCCUCUAAAAUUAUUACUAGGGUGUAGGAUCAGUGCUUCUGACUUCUCUAAUUUCUAGUCCAGUAGAGGACUUAACCGGAGAUGCGAAGGCAUUGGAGCUUCAGGAGACCAUUAGUCGAUUAUCAGACGAGGUAGCGCAGAGCAAUGCAGAGAAGGUGAACACGCGGACCCAACUUGCACUCAAAGCUGCUGAGAUCGAAGAAAAAGAUCAAGAAAUUAGACGUCUUAGAUUGCUAGAGCAUAGUUCCGCCAUGAGCACAACAAGUGUGAAGAAGCAACGCGAGGAACUAAGUGGCCAGGUGACAGAGCUGAUGAGCAAUCUAAACGAGAUGGCAACCGAGAAAGGAAGCAUGCAGAAGUACUUGUUUAUUACUUACUUUUCCCAAAUCCAAUGGUACAAGUACGACAGGUAAUGCUCUUCCGUAACUACACAGGCACAGUUUAUGUCUUCCUCUUCUCGUCACGCUUCACUUUCAUUAUAAGUAUAUUCCAGACAGGCAUAUUAUACCAAUCGAUAUCAUUAGAGAUGAAUAUUCCUGUCUAGUACUUAAAUGGUUACAUUCUCGAUUCUCGAUUCUGGUUAUUCUCGAUUCUCGAUUCUUUCAAUUUGUGAUCGUGUAUGUUGAAUGUCGUGGAUCACAUGUCCCACGACCAACUUUGAUUCUUCCUCUCAGGUACCUCGAGGACCGAUUGAUGGUCAUAGGCGCAAAGGACGCUGAGAUUCAGAGCAUGAGCUUCGAAAUCUCAGCUCUCAAAGCUGAAGUCGAGUCUCAGACAACCACCAUUGCUGAACUUAAGUUAUGACUGUGGAUGUUCUGGUAUAGGCAACCUUCUUUUUGAUUCGUUUUUGGUCCGUCCUGGAUGUUCUGGUUCUGGAGAAGAAGGGAGAAGAAGAACGUGACACAAGUCUCGAAAAAAUGGUUCUGGAUCCCUUGAAGAACUCCUGAGCACUUAUAUUUGAUGCACUGACUAUUCUAGGCGGCAAAUUCAAUAGACCGCUGCACAAGAAUAUAGAGUACCUACCUCUAACUUUGAGACAAGCCGCAUUGGAAUCAGAUGUCAGGAAACGACGAGAUGACGAGGCCUUAGUGAUACGAUCUGCCGAAAGUGAGGCAAAAUCGACACUGGCUACGACUAAGAGAACACUGCAAUUCUCGGAGGAAAGGGUCGCGCGACUAGAAGCUGAAUUUAUGCUAUAAGUAGACGAGGUCUUCCUUGUUGGAAUGCGAUAGCGUUUGUAUAUUUUAUAGAUACUUAGUUAAUAAUUCAAAAUACAGAAUCAGAUUGAUUAAUCCACCAUCGUCUAGAAAAACUGCAUUAUAGAUUUAAGUACUUAAAUACAUAACAAAUAAUCAAGGUAUCAUCUACUACCGCGUUACCACUUUAUAACUGCAUUUUAAGUACACAGAAGAUAUGCUCACCUUUCUUCUAACUAUGCGCAAACGCUCAAGAGCGAAGUCGAUAGUUGGAUCGAAAAGGUGAAGGAGACGAAGAGAGAGAAGGCUGACUUGGAGGAGAAGCUCGAGAGGGCUAUGCGAACGGGGAUGAGUACUGCUUUUCUUUGAUGUCGCUUUUGCUGAGUCAUUUAGUACAUUUAGAAGUGGAUGAAGUAGCUAGUAUUAUUUUUAGUUAUACUAAAGCUGCUGUAGAUAUAGUUCUCGACUGAACAAUUUCAAUUGCUGCUCACUGAACAAUUCCACUUGCUGCUAUAGUUCUCCACUGAAUAAUUCCACUUGCUGCUGUAGAUAUAGUUCUCCACUGAACAAUUCCACUUGCUGCUCACUGAACAAUUCCACUUGCUGCUAUAGGUAUAGUUCUCCACUGAAUUCCAACAACAUCAAAGGUAAAGAGUCCGAUAUCGUGCGCUUGGCCUCGGAAGCUAGCAAGACGCGAAAAGAAUAUGAGGUAGAGAAUACAGCUUUGAAGAUUGAGAUACAACGGGUUAGCAAGCGAAAUGUGGAGCUUACCGACGAACUCCAUGCAGAGAAAAAAUCUCUGGUCCAGCGUGUAGAAUCCUUCAACCACGAGAUGACCUCCAUUCAGCAAGAGGUUCUCACACUUUAUGAUUAUUAGUGAGGAAGACUUUAGCAGUUAGCAGGAUACUUGAGGAUACUUGUUGAUAGUUACCCUUUUCUCUUUUAUAUCUUUCUCAGGUCUGUCUCUUUUCUAGUUAGGUCUAUGGAGUAACACUAUGCCAAAAGCGAACAUAGAAAAGCGGUUUUUUGGCCAAAAAACGCACAUAAAGCCCAGGGAUCAGGUGGGCAAUAUUCGUCUCAAAAUGAAAAAUUUUCAUUCUGAGACGAAUUAUGUACAAAUAACGCAAAAAAAGCGCUUUUUUGUACUUUAUUCGUCUCAGAAUGAAAAUUUUCCAUUUUGAGACGAAUACUGCCCAACUGAUCCCGGGGCUUCCUGUACGUUUUUUGGCUAAAAAACCGCUUUUCUAUGUUCGCUUUUGGCAUGGUGUUAUUCCAUAGUUAGGUCGGCUCCACCACAAUUAUUAGUGAGGAAGACUUUCCUUAUUUUUUAGCUUACAAAGAGCUACUUUCCAUAUUUCAUGCCAUAUUAAUAUUUUUUAGCCCACAAAUAGCUACUAGUCCCCUGGCGGUGACCACGAGGACCAACUAAUUUCUACUGUUUACUUACCUUCUUGUCCCACGGCGAGUACUACUAGUGCUAUCCUUCUUGUCUCUUCAUUUUCUAGCCGAGCAAAACCAGGAAUUGGCAUCGAACCUGGAGGCCGCCCAGAAGGGCCUGCAGAGCAAGGAAGCAAGCCUGCAAGGGAUUCAGCGGCUGUGCGACGAACUGAAAAAACAGAAGGCCGCUCUCGAACAUUAUGCUGGCUCCACAUAAUAUAGUAUUAGUACAGCAUUGAUCAAUUUUUGAGUUUCUAUCAAUCUCGGAUCCUGAUCAGCAUUGAAGUGCUCUUAUAUAUGGUUAGUUUACUAAUAAUAAAGAAAAAGAUGAAUUUUUGAGAACCAAGUAGGAGCAUGCAUCACGACAAUCUCCAACGCCAACCUCCCCUUAACCACUGAUAAGUGAACAGGCCAACGCCUACCCCACUAAGCCAACUGUGCAGUUGGCCUGUUCACUUACCAACGCCGAAACCAUAACGGAUCUCUAUGGGGAAAGGACAAGAUGAUUUGCUGACAAGACAAUUUGCUGCAUUUGGUGCAGGAUCCAUAACCUAACCAUAACAGCGAGCUCUUUCUAAUUUCGAGAGAAAAAUGCCUUGGAAGAUCAAGCGCAGGAAGCGACAACGCUGAAGGAGCAAGUUGAGUUAGGCAGGACAGCAACAAAAUUGAAACUCGAUAACUUUGAGGAAGAACGCCUCGUCUUCGUGCGUGAACUAGACCGACUCAGGGAAGAGCUCAAGGAGGCAAGGCAAGUGGGAGGUACUUCUAUUAGUACUAGAGGAUGCAGCUAAGUAGACUGUAAGAUUAUCUUGGGUAGCUUGUGAUUUCUUGGUGGAUUUCGACGUCGACUAGACUUUUUCGAGUUAGAAAUGAAAAUAAUUAUUGAUGCAAUUCUAAUUGUUCUAGCACAGCACAUUAACGACCUCGUCUGAAAAAGUCUUUCCACUUUGUUCGCCGCACCAGACACAAAGGCCGCGUCAGAACAGCACCUAACUGCGGAGAGUGGCCAGUACAGGGCCAAAGUCGAGAGCCUGGAAACACAGGUUGCCGAGCUACAAGCGGAAAAGACACAGCUUACUGGUGUGAUGAUUAAGGCUCCUGAUAUUCAUUCAUCAUCACAUAGGACUAGUAGGAGCCUUCACAUCUCCUUCUCCAAUCAUGGUCUUCUUGUUGCACACCUCCAAUGCCAAUCAUGGUCGAAGCGACCCCUUUAGAGAAUAGGGGAAAAGGAAGGGAAAGGGGAGAGCUUUGUUGUUCUCAGUUCCCUUCUUGGUUUCUGAGGAUAUGACCUUAGGACUAGGAGCUCAAAGAAGUUAAAUAAAGCCUUAGGACUAGGAGCUCCAAGAAGUUAAAUAAAGUUGUAAGAUAAAGAUGAAUUUGGCUUAAAGUAAGAUAAAGAUGAAUUCGUCUUCGUGUGAGCGCUAAGGUGAAUUCCUUAGAGCAGACCCGAGAGCAGCUCGUGUCGCAGUUGCAGGAAACUCAGCGCGUGCUAGAUCUAGAACGCGACACAAGAGCGCGUAUGCUUCAGAAUACGAGUAACAAUUAAGGCGUGAUGUCAAUCACUAUCUCGCGUGGACUGUGCUCAUAACCCUUACUGCUUGUUGGGUACUACAUCAUCAACAUCACCACUAGCACCUGGCUCUGGUCACCUGGUCUGUGCUGAGUGCAUUCGCCUUAGAGCUAUCAAGAGGAUAGUGAGAGGGGAGAGAGACUCAACCGGGGAUAGUGAUUCACAACCUUUAAGAUAACGCACAAGCAGCAGCGGACAACGCGGCUCAAAUAGACUCAUUGAAAGAGGCACUGAAACAAAUCGACAUCGAGCGAGAUAAAAUACAAGCGCAGGCUGAUGAAAUUAUGGCGGACGUUGUUGCACAUGAAGGACCAUUCAUUUUCCCGAAAAGAACAUUUUUAUCUAGACUAGUCUCGAUAGAAGAAGACCCUUCACUUUUCUUGUAGUUAUUUUGUUUCACUAGAAGUUAUAAUCUUAUCAACUACUAUUAAGGGUAGGUUAAAGGUGCUUUUCUUACUGCUUUUUAUGCCUCUCCUAAGGGAGAAAGGCAUAAAAAGCGGGGUAAGCGAGCACCAAAAACCUACCUCUAAUACUAACUAACUUACAUCAACCCACUGCGGACGACGUUGUUGCACAUGAAGGACCAUUUUUUCAUUUUUUUCCCGAAAAGAACAUUUUUACAUCAACCCAUUUUCGCCCUUCCUCUUUCAUUCCAAAGUCCCAGGAGGUGCGUGUGCUUGUGCUGCAGCUCGACGAGGGAAAGAAGAUAGAGGCUGGUUUGCAGCAAGGAAUCGAGGAGCUGAGAAGAAAACUGGACAUUUCUCAAGGACAGUUGACAGACCGAGAAAGACAAUUAGAGGACCACGCACUACGACAAGCGGAUAUGCAACAACAACUUAUGGUUUCGUUUUUGAACAUGUUCUUGGUGCUUUUGUCUUCGAUGAAUAGCAAAAAUAUGACGACUAUAGUUGUAAUAGUUCUUCCUCUCUCAACAUAAGUAAUCAUCAUGAGGAUCUUCGCUAUUUCUGAGCAGAUGGUUCUUCAAGACUAGCUGUAGCGACCUCCCACUCACCGCGCCUGGGUAUUCCUAUUCCAACCCUCUUUUAAGUACUUACCACUAGACAUCUCUAGACAUCUCUCUUACCCUCUAGACAUCUCUCUUACCCUCUAGACAUCUCUCUUACCCUCUUCUAGACAUCUCUCUUACCCUCUAGACAUCUCUCUUACCCUCUAGACAUCUCUCGUUUUACCGUCGCCACCAUUUCUUUCAUACCAUUCGAGCAGCAGCGAGCGGACAUAAUAAAUUAUCGUCGGGACCUUGACACCUAUGCUGACGAUCUGAGUGUGAUGACGAAAGAAAACGGCGCCCUGUCUCAGGAGAUCGACCAGCUGCACAGGGACAAGGAACUUGCUGUUGCCGAGAGGAAUCAGUUUCAGGUUUGUGCGAUUGCUUUUUUAUAGUUUUGUUUUUUGGCGUUUAAACAUAAUUAUUCGAGAUGAGCUUUCCACUGCUAUAAACGUGUAACAAGAUCUUGCUGGCCUAGUCUUUGCCUCUUUCUGUGGAAAGAGUGAAGAACUAAUAAUUGUAGUGUUGAUCUUGAGAAAAUUGAGACUUACUUCUUGGAUGACUCAUCAAAACGCAGUCGCUCAUUUGCAUUCCUUGAGGGACAAUGAAUAGUACUUUCUAUCACCAGAAGUGAUCUUGAUAUUGUUGCAUAAAAACUUACUUCAAAAUCAAAUUCAAUGAAGCAAAAUAAUAUGGCUUUAAAAUCCACCUUGAUGAAGUACAACUUCUGUAGCUUCAUGAUGUACAACUGUAGCUGUACCUCCUUCUGUAGGUCUAUAAAUCAGCAGAAUUGUAGUUUCCCUCUAUUAAACACGUCGCUUAUUGUAUGCUUCCAGCAUUUCUGGUAUAGCCUGAAUUUGAUCAUAAGGAAAAACAAGAAGAGAACAACCUUUGUAAUCAAUAAAUUCAGGCUAGUACCAAAAACCGGAACCAUUCACUUACUCCAGGUCGCUCAACAGAAAGAUCUGCAGACUUUGAAGAUCACGGAGCUAGAGCGUGAUGACAUGGUCCAGCUAUAUAAAGAGAUGGUGGAAGAAUCGCAGAGGCAGCAGGCCGCUUUGAAAGAGCUCCGACUCGAAAAGGAUGAAGCUUUAUGGUGUCUCCUGUGUCAGGAAAAGGCUUAUUUUUUCUAGUCGUGCUCUUGUUACUAGGAGCUUUCUAGUACUAGCUUGUUCUAGUCGUGAAAGCUGUUGGUCGAUGAAGAAAUGAGUGCGUUUCAUUUAGACUAAUACAUUAAUAAUUCCUGCUCACCCUUCAUUGCAAAUAAUUCCUCACCCUAUAGGACCGAUUACAAAUAAUUCCUCACCCUUCAUUGCUCGGAAAGAAGAUCAGCGAUUACACGGCACGCAACAAAGCGCUCAUCGACGCAGAGGAAAAGGCACUGUCAGUUAUGAUCAUUGAUUAGCGUCAUAGAUGCGGAAGAGUGGCCCUCUACCGAUCUUUCGACGAGAAUCAAAUACACUAUGUCUAUUGAAACAGCGAGACAAGAAUGCAUGAAGAUGAAGAUGAUAGAGCUUUAAUCCAUCCACUGCAAGACAAGAAGGCAAGAAGUCUUCUUGAAGAAGAUGAAGAUUACUAUUAAAUAGCAUAGCUCUAACUCAUCUGCAAGACAAGAGGGGAUGAAUGUGGUUGCCCUGAAACAGCAAGUAAGCGAUCUUUGUGGCAGAUUAGAGACGCUGACGCAAGAGGCAGAAGACAAGCUACGAAGAGAGCGCGAAUUCGAGCAAGAACUUUUCGUACUCAGGCACCUGUAGUAGAAGUAGAGGUUGAUAAUAAAAAGCGUUGACACGACAAAUAACAAGCAGAAUUAUAUUGUUAACGGAGAUCAUGGUUUUAAGGAAUUCAUACACGAUCAUAUUGACGUACAAAAAUUUCCACUUUUUUUCGAUACCAAUAACACCAGGUUAGCGGUCAGGCAGUAAGGGAGGUGGAAACACGCCGCUUCAACAUAGAGCGGGACUUGGCUUCAGCAAGAGCCAACCAAGAUAGGCAAAUGGUCGAGUUAACACGGCUAAAGAACGAUCUGCAACAAGAAAAUUAUGCUCUAUACCCCAUGAUUGGGUACCUCCCUACUACUACUUCUACUAGACCAUUUCUCCCCCCGUAGAACCUCAGAGAACAUUCUUCCCGCUGUGCUCGUUUUGAUUAUCUAUUUUCCUAGUGCAGGAAUAGUUCGCUCUUUUUGAUUUAUCACCGUCUGGAAAUUCACACAUAUAGAUCAUCAUUUGAGCGCGCAUACUUUUUAUUCCUUGUUGAGCACUACAACUUGUCGUACUAUUGAAUCAAUAGAUAUAUCAUGUGGAUCACCAGUUGAACGGACAUGAUGAACAUCAUUUGGUCUCUCUUGGUCGUCAGGUCUAACCCUCAUGUGCGACGAUUUCAAUCUUCUCCAGUCUACCUCUUCACUCAUCAUAGUCUGUCUCUAAACCCCAGAGUUAACGAAGCUGGAGCGCAGUCGCAAUACGAAACUUGAAGGCUUGUUGGCAGAAUUUAGGCGCAAGGACCUCAGCGGAGGCGCACUGAGUGCCGGAGCAGGGGGCGACAGCAUGCUUGCGGGAGACGUUAGUCAGAUUACAACGGGAGGAAAGAGUGUACCUAUAGUAUACCAUAGUACCUACUCGAAAACUGAAAAUAACCGAGUUACUGACUGAAACCAGGGAGGUAGCUCUGACAGGGCUACUCUUCCUUGUUCAGUAUCUCGCUUAUUGUAAGUAGUUACUCGCUUAUUUCAGUUUUUCGAAUAACCUUAAAUCAUGUCUGAUACAUCUAUAGUGCUACAUCGAGCACCAAAUGAAACUUGUCAAAUCGAACGACUCGAUCUUCUCAGGUAACUUCUUACAUCUCAAUCGAAAUAACCGAAACCGAACUUCUUCUGCCAACAUCUCAAUCGAAACCAUCAUCUAGAUACAAUCUCAGGCCGUUCGAAAGAGGAAAAGAGAGGAAACUUCUUCCAUCCCAAUCUCAGGUAACCGGUGUCGUGGACAAGAGUUCCAUGUUGUCGAACAGCGUGCUAGGAAAAAGCGAAGAACUGCAGACACUGUACAAGACGUUGGACCAUCAGUACGCACUGAUCGGUGAGAUGGAUGCUGAAAACGUGCGUCUAGCAAGCGAGGUAGCUGAGUUGAAGAAAGCGAGCGCGUAAGUCUAAGUGGUAAAUGAGGUUACUUGCGGUAUCGGCAUGGGCAUGCCGAACAGGGACGAGAGGGAUGGGAGCUGGUCCAGCUCAGGACACUAUCACUAUGAAUUCUUUCUAUCUGUAUCUGACGUAGAUGUAAUGUGAAUAAUUGAAAUUGUUGUUCUGCAGCAUCAUUAUGCUAAAGGUUUUUAAUUAAAAAGAUGGGGGCCUUCUAUUCAGGGAAAGAAAAAUUCUGAAAGUGGCCCACGGUCUGGUCUGUUUUUUCAAUUAGAGCAAAAAACUGGGAGUACGGAAGUUGUAGAGAUAAAAGAUCGUGGUAAAUCCACACUGGAGAACUAGCCUAUGCUUUGCUCAGCAUCGAUUGCAAAGACCGUACAGUAAGAGGAGUCAAGAACCUUGCAUUGUGAGAAGAGAGAGGUUUUUUGAUACAUUGGGGUGGGUGUACAUAAAUGCGCUUGUUAUUUCAACAAAUACUUAUUUGAAUUUUAUUGGUAUAACCUAGACUUACGUAGAUCUUAGAUAAGCGUUGCCCUUGUUUGUAAACGACAAUAGAGCCAAUUGAAGAAGAUGUAUCUCAUCGUGACAUCGGAUGGGGGAAGAAAAAGAAUUUAUGCUUAUUCAAAAAAGACUUCGAUAAAAAUUCGCGAUAUGUUCUUAGCACAGCGACAUCAUCAUUUGACAUUAGUAGAUAUUGUUUUCGGACUCAAGACUAACGGCACACUCAGCGAACUGCUUCACUGAACUAAGGUAAGUGUCACCAGUUACGAUGGAUUCACUAGGAUAGGUAGAAGAGCAAAAAGAGUUUUUUUUUUCAUUCAGAUAGUAACUUAUUUCUUGGCCGAAACAGUAUUGGGAAGUUUGGCUUGGGGGGUCCGCCAAAGCGCGGUACCAAUUUCUGCAUCACAAGAAAUUCAAAAAAAAUAUCGCAUUCGCAAUUUGAAAAAUGAUCUAUCAUAUCUAUCAGGAAGUGGAGAUACAAUAGUGGGUGCUCGAAAGAUGCUGUAGUUUUUUUUGCUUCGAAAAAAGUCGAAGAACUAUGAAGAUGAACUUAUGUGGACACCAACACCAUCAAUUGCUGCGCCGAAGC